AUGUCUUGGUUGACCUCCAUUCAACUCUUCACAAUCCUCUCCAUGGUUCUAGGAAUGCCUUCUUCUCUACCAGGGAAACAAACAAGGAUUCCUCUUCAACAUUCAAACCUUGGUUUCAAGAAUUCAUCCAGUCUACAUGGAAGGACAGACUCCCAGAACAUGAAGUACUCUCCUUUCAUGAUGCAACUCUAUCAGACCCUCAUCAUGAGGAACAUGACAGACCUAUCCAGCCUGGAACAUUCCGUUCUUCAAGAUUCUGACACUAUUCUAAGCCUCUCUGCCAAAAGUUGUUCUCAGCUGACAAAUCAUUGGGUGUUAUCCUUUGAUAUGUCUUCCCUCACAGGCAACCAUGAAAUACAAUUGGCAGAGUUGAGGGUGCAGCUUUCUUCUACUGAGAGAAACUAUGAUGUGACCCUUGACAUCUAUGAUAGUGAAGAAGGCCAAAGGAAGAUCUUUGUAGGGUCAAUAAAAAUUGACCUUAGUAGUGAAAACGGAUCGACUUUGAAGACUGUCAAUAUCACCGGGAUGAUGCAAUCUUAUUUCCAUCAAGAAAAAAAUUCUAAUAAUCAAAAAGACAUGAAGAACAAGGAAAUGUCCAAGAAUGGUCAAGGAAACAUAUGCACAAAAGUUUCAACUGAAAGAAUUGUGUUAGUGUUUUUUACCAAGGACACUCCUUCUACUAACCUCUAUGGAUAUCCCAACCUAAUCCAGACAGUCGAGUCAUCUAAAUAUGUGAUAACCCCAAUGUCUGGUAUUAGAAUACUUAGGAAAGGUAGAAAUGCAAUGCAUGGCAUGAUCAUGUCUAACUUUCCCACCAAACCUAUUGAAGAUGGAAGACCUUUGUGCAAAAAAAUAGACAUGAUUGUAGACUUCGAAAAGAUUGGAUGGGGAGACCAGAUAAUCUAUCCCAAGAAGUUCAAUGCAUACAGAUGUGAAGGAGCCUGUCCUACCCCCCUGAGUGAGAUCUUCAAGCCAACCAACCAUGCUUAUAUUAAGAGUUUGUUGAAGUUGUACAAUCCAGACACAGUUGGUUGUUCCUCAUGUAUCCCAGUGAAGAUGAGCCCAUUAUCUAUGCUGAUGUAUGAAGAAGGAAAGGUGGUCUUGAAGCGCCAUGAAGAUAUGAUUGUUGAAGAAUGUGGAUGUCAUUGA